UAGAUAUCACAAGUCAUCCAUCACUCAGUGCUCGAUUAAGCUCAACUCUUGAUAAUCAUCGAUAUAUAUAUACUGUGCUUGCACGGUUCAUUACGGUCUUUAAACGCUGUGCUUGGAAGAUUCUCCCGCACGGCAUUGAUGGCACUUCUGAUGGAAGAAGACUCCUUCAAAACUUCUCAUAAAUAUCCACCCAGUCUGCGAGCCAGUCCACGCACGUACUGUAUCCCUUACAUAUGGUUUUGUCGCACACUGCUCAUCAGACGGUCGAGUAUCUUCGAGUUGCGCCGGCUGCGAUCUGGAUACUCGAUUACUUUUUGACUUUUGAACAUGAAGUCCGUCUGUUCAGCAACAUGAGCUGCUGGAACAUUGUCACUGUCAUGUUCAUCCUAGCUAGAUAUGCUCCCGUAAUAUGGAUCAUCACCGAAAUAUAUCUCACUCUUAGCCCAUAUUCAGCAGAAACGUGCGUGACACUAAAUCCAGCUAGUGCGACGUCCCUCUUUUUCAUCAUGUCCGCCGCAGAAGGUCUGCUUCUCGUUCGUAUACUUGCCUUAUGGCAUAACAGCAGGAAGAUGAAGCUAUUUUUAUUGGCGAGCUACUUGCUUAUCGUUGUCGCCAUGGUCAUUUGCGAUAUACUUCUGGCGGUUCUACUCGAAAGCAUAUGUACGCCCGCAUCGAUUCCGAUGGUUUCAGACCUUGCGACAAUGGAACACCUGAUAAUGGGCAAGUUUGUUAGCGCAGCACUGUUUGAACUCAUAGUGAUCACUCUUACAAUGUAUCAUUCAAUACGACUACGCUCUGAUGGUAUACGCUCAAUCAGUAGAGUGGCGUCAACCUUGUUGAAGGGAAGUUUGCUAUAUGCACUGUCGCUUCUUGCAAUUUCGAUUAUAAACAUAGUUUCUUUUGCAUUACCGGCCUCAUCGCAGGAGAAGGAUGGAAUCAUAGAUGUGUUUCAAGGUGUCUUGCAUGGUGUUUUGGCUUCGCGGGUUCUUUUUGAUCUAAGGGAUCUGAUGGAUACAGGUCAAGAUGAAGAACACGACUAUUUAUUCACCUCAUAUAUAUCCCUUCCUCGCACUCAGCGCGUAUCACAAAUGAUACCAAUGACUGUCUUACAUGCCGAAAGUAAUGCAUGAU